AUGAACACCACAGUGAAUGGCACGGGCACUGUUCCACUGCAGGGCUUCAUCAACGCUACACAUUGGGAUCACCUGAAUGUGUCCACUGUGAAUGUUGCUAGUGCUUCAGAAGAAUUCUGGAGAUAUAAUGCACUGGACAUCUCGAAUGGCCUGGAUGAUACUGGAUCCAUUCGGUGGCCAUUGUUUGGAUGUCUGACCUUCACCUACGUCACCAUGUACGUCAUGCUGUUUAAAGGCAUCCGAGUCACGGGCAAGAUCGUGUACGUCACCUUCAUGUGCCCGGUGCUGGUGUGUGCGGUCUUCCUCAUACGGGGCUCCUUGUUGCCAGGGGCGACAGAUGGACUGUUUUAUCUGAUAAGACCAGACUUUGAGAAGUUGAAAAGCCCCAACAUAUGGAUCGAAGCGUGUGGCUACGCCCUUCACUCCAUGGGCACCAGCACUGGCAUCGCCAACACCAUUUCCAGUCACAAUCAGCGAAACAGUAACUGCUACAGGUAG